AAUAUAAGAUCAAAGAACGUAUGUUUUUUGAAAAAUUCAUUAUUCCAAUUAGAGUUUUAUAUUCUGUAUAUAUUGCGCUAUGUCCUGAAUUUCUUUCUAAAGAACAAUGCAUGAAUACUGGAGAUAAAAAUAUUCGAUUAUUCAAGG